AUGGCGGACCUCGAAGACGUAACCCUGGACGGGAGACCGCUCCAGUCUCUUCGCGUUGCAGAUUUAAAAGCUGCUCUCGAGGAGAGGGGACUGUCGAAAAGCGGGCAAAAGAAUGCUCUUGUCAAACGCCUCAAAGGGGCUCUUAUGUUGGAGAAUCUGCAGAAGACCUCCACUCCUCAUGUUGGACUGCAACCAAACUCUCAGAUUGGUGAGGAAAUGAGCCAGAAUAGCUUCAUCAAGCAGUAUCUGGCUAAGCAGCAAGAGCUCUUGCGGCAGCGUCUGGAGAGAGAGGCCCGGGAAGCAUAUGACACUAAUGAGCAAGAGGAUCACAUAGAUGUUAAUAACAGCACUGCAUUUCUUCCUCAAGCCAAGGAUCUGAAUCCAGCCUCAGCAGAUCAGCACAAGGCACCUGGACCCUCUGAUGGCGAAAUCAUGUUUGUUGCAGUAAAUGAGGGCGAGGCUAAUAGCAACCAAGAAGCUCAUAUGUCUGCUCAUCCUGCUUCUGGAUCAGUUACCAUGAAUGUUACUAGCAAUGAGCAUCGACGGGGGAAGAGUGCGCCGGCCAGUGACUUCCUAGCUGACAGCGACGAUGAUGAAAGUGAGGACGGCGAGGAAGACGGCGAUGAUGAUGAUGAUGAUGAUGAUGAUGACUGGGGCAGUAACAUUCGCAGGAGGACUACGAGACAGCCAGCCAGAGCGCUGUCAACUCGAGAGAGGUGUGGAGCAUCUCGUCAGCAGCAGCAGCAGCACAUCCCUUCCCUUUUGUCUCCUCAACUUCGCCAGCCAACCCCUCCUCCCUCCCCACCUCCAGAGUUAUCAUUUCCUUUGCCUGACACCCCUAAACAAAGCCCCCCUAGUCCAGAUGUAGCCGCAGCGAGGCACUCUCCAAGUACCUCCAGCUCUGGUUCCUCUAGCAGUGAUAGUCGAAGUAGCAGCCCAGAGCCCCAGAAGAGUGGACUCAUGGAGCGUAAACCUGGCCCGUUAACUCUCCUAGCCCGUAAAAUGGAAUCGGAAGGCGCUUUUGCUGGGGCCGGUUGGCAAGGUGGCACUGGGCAAGGUGGAAGGAACGACAGCAGUUCCCCAGUAGCCGCAUCAUUUGAUGGCAUUGAACAUGCGGAGGGUCUCUCAUCAACUACCACUGUAGACCAUGUGCCAGUUUCCAUGAUACCAGGCAUCAACCAGGGCAUCAGUGGAACACGUUCAGCUCAUAGUCAUGUUCCUGUGAGUGUGCAUAAGACUCAUACAGUGGAUGAUAGAGAAUCAGAAUUUGAGUCAGUAGAGGCACUUGAGCUGCAAAGACAAAGGCUAAGAAGCUUUAAUCAAGAACCAGCAAUAGAAGAUGAUCAGAACAGAGCUCUGCAGCUGGAACAAGAAGAAAAUGAGAGAUUUAAACAUCAGCAAGCCUUGGAAAGAGAAGAACAAGAAGCUUUGCAAAAGAAACUUGCUUCAGAAAGAGAGCGGCUGGACAGGGAGCAAGCUUUGGCCAAGGAGCUGGAAGUACAAGAACAAACUUUGGCAAAAGAAAGAGCUCUAGAGCUGGAGAGUCAAAGAGAACUUGAAAGGCAAAGGGCAUUAGAGCAAGAACGUCUCCAGCAGGAAGCACAGGAGAGGGAAAAAGAGAGAGAAAUAGAGUUGGAAAAAAUCCGGGCUCGAGAAGAAAAAGAGAAGGCUCUUGAAAAAGAAAGAUUAGAGAGAGAAAAGGCUUUGGAGGCAGAGCGAAAAGAAAAAGAACGGAUUGAAAAAGAAAGGAUUUUGGAACAGGAACGGUUAGAAAGAGAAAGAUUAAAGCAAGAGCAGCUAGAUAGGGAAAAAGCUUUGGAAGCAGAGAGAAAAGAAAAGGAACGGAUUGAAAGAGAGAGGGCUUUGGAACAAGAACGUUUAGAAAGGGAAAAAUUAGAGCAAGAGCGGCUAGAGAGGGAAAAAGCUUUGGAAGCAGAGAGAAAAGAAAAAGAACGGAUUGAAAGAGAAAAAUUAGAGCAAGAGAGGGAAAAAGCUUUGGAGGCAGAAAGAAGAGAAAAAGAACGGAUUGAAAGAGAAAGGGCUAUGGAACAGGAACGAUUAAAGAGGGAAAAGUUAGAGCAAGAGCGGCUUGAAAAAGAAAAAGCUUUGGAGCUAGAGCGAUUAGAGAGGGAGAAAGCCUUGGAGAAAGAGCGCCAAGAACGAGAGCGUCUGGAGAAAGAGCGUCUUGACCACGAAUGCCUGGCGAAAGAGCGACUAGAAAAAGAGAAUCUAGAGACAGCAUGUCAAGUGCUAGAGCAACAGGAGAAACAACAUCCAGGGAGAGCACAUGUAAUGCAAGAACUGCUAGAGCAAAGGUUGGCAAGCGAUGGAGCUGAUGAGGCGCAUGAACGAUUAAAACACAAUAGUAAGGAGCAUGUAAAGGAAGUGUCAGAUUUUGCUCUUAAAAACAAAAUUGCGGUGGAGAGAAUAGUAAAGGAAAGGGCUAAUGAGCAGGAAUUAAUAGAGAGGGAAACACCUAAGGAGUUAGACACUGAACUUCCUCCAUCUGAAUUUGGUAGUGGGCUUGGUCUUACCCCUCCUACUCCUCCCUUUUCUACAGGACCAGAUAGAAAAACAGAGGCAGGAAUCCAGGAAGAUGGCAAAGCUCCACUGUCAAAGAGUGAAUCCCAAGAAGCAGAAUCAUCACUGUCAUCGCAACCAUCAUCGUUGAGGAAAUUGCGGUUCUUAAGGGACCACCCAAUUCAGGCCCAGUCUGCCACAUCCAUGGCCACCAAGUGGCCUCAUAACUUCACUGAUACCCCUCAGCCCCAGAAGUCACUUUCCUACUCCCCAGUCAGUUUUAGAGAACAACAGGAAGGUAAAACCUCCACUAAACAGGAAUGCAAUUCUGAGGAACAGUUUACUCUUAACAAAAAAACAAGUGCCAAAGGUUUUACAAACCAAGUAUCAGGGGACAAUUUGAAAGAUGAUACAGUGAGGCAGGAUGAGCCUGCCAAGAAAAGCACCAAGAGAUUACGGGAUGUGGAUAAAGACAAAGUUCCUUCAAGCCCAGUUAAUGCUGUACAGUUGCACGGAAGAGAUGGAAAGAGGGAGGAGAAAAAAACAAGAAAACGUUCAUCCUCUAAUGACUCCUCUUCCUCCGAAUCUGAUUCUGGGUCAUCAUCAUCCAGGUCCUCUUCAUCCUCGUCUUCUCUUGAGAAAGUCACCAUUUCGAGAAAUAGAAGGGAAAGAAAACCAGACAGAACUACUUCACCGCUGUGUAUAGUGACUGCCGUGGCUCAAGAUGACUGUAUACAGGAAACUCAAAAGGCCUCCCCUUACAAAAGAGAGAGGUCUGUCGAGAAGACAAGCACAAGAAAUGAUGAAGCUAGUCAGGCUAAGAAACCAUUCCUUGAAAUACCAGCUGAAGAGCAGAUGAAAAGGAAAUACGGCAAAGGAUUGGAAGAAAAGGAAGAAGGGUCUGAACAAAGGCAGGCGAUUGAGUCUUCAAUGGAAGAAUCAGAGAAGCUUCUGGGGGCCAACGAGGAGGCCCGCAAGGCCUUCUCUGCUCGCAAGAUCUCUCUUGUCAGCAGUAAGUCACCAGGCACAGGCAGUACAGAUGGGGAUCAGGAAUCUGGGACUCCUGGUGGUCGCAAGAGGAGGUGGGGUUCCAGCACUGUGGCCACUGCCAAGAAACCUUCCAUUAGCAUCACUACAGAUUCGCUCAAGUCUUUGAUCCCAGACAUCAGGCCAUGUACAGGCCAAGACGCUGUAGUGGACCUGCACCCUGAGGAAGUGGUUUUGUCUGAUGCUGAGGAAGACAACCAAGAGCUCUCCGAGCAGGACCUGCAGAUCCGACGCACUGUCACCCAAGAGGUGCCCUCAGAUAUCCAAGAGAACGGACAGAAGCCGACAAAGAGGAUUUGCGAGGACUUGGUGGAAAAUAACAUUCAGGGAGACCAAAGCAAGACUGCAUCUCUAGAAGAGAAACCUGUUGAAGAAUUGGAAACCCGAUCACCAUCCCAUCCUAACCAAGAUGUAGAAGAAAUCAACACUGGACAUGUCGCUGCAGGCAACACACUCAUUCGUCGCUCCAUCAGUCAGCAAAAAACAGGUGUUUCCAUCACCAUCGACGACCCCGUACGAACCACCCGCCAACCAUCUCCUCCACGUGGCAAAGUUUCCAACAUCGUUCAUGUCAGCAACCUGGUAAGGCCUUUUACGCUUGGGCAGCUGAAGGAAUUGCUCGGCAGGACUGGCACGCUAGUGGAAGAUGGCUUCUGGAUCGACAAAAUCAAAUCUCACUGCUACGUCACUUACUCAAGUUCAGAGGAGGCGGUUGCAACACGCGAAGCUCUUCAUGGAGUGAAGUGGCCUCAGAGUAACCCAAAAGUUCUUACCGUAGACUUUUGCCAGCAGGAUGAGCUGGACUUCCACAAAGGUUUGAGCACAGCAGAGAAACCCGGAUCAGAGGAUCAGUGGCUCAAUUCCAACCGUUUUCAAGCCCCGGGCUUACCUCCCCUCCUUCCCAAGAGAGACCAGUGGGCCGAACGCGAGCGUGAAAUGGAGCGCAGGGAGAAGGCACGCUCAGAGCGGGAGUGGGAUCGCGACAAGGUCCGGGACUUUGGGAAACCCAGAGACGAUGGGGAGGCUGUUGCCCGAAGGUCACGCUCGAGGGAACGGCGGCGUAAGGAGAGGGGCAAGAGCAAGGACAAGAAGACUGAAAAGAAAGAAAAAGCCACUGAAGAACCUCCCGCAAAGCUUCUCGACGACCUGUUUCGCAAAACAAAAGCAGCACCUUGCAUCUACUGGCUUCCACUUACAGAUGAACAGUUCGCCGAGCGAGAAGCCGCCAGAGCGGAACGGAUGAAGGAGCGGGAGAAACGGUUGAAACAGCAGCAACACGAAGACGAGGAGAAGAAAAGGGAAGACGAGCGUAAGGAGAGAACUAAAGGUGUCUCGACGGGAGAUCGCGGCGAUGGAAGGAAAGAUAAGGACCAGGACCGGGAGAGAGAGCGAGACAGAGGGAAAGACAGGGACAAUGAGAAGCGCAGGGACGGCUACCGGAGACCAGGGGCCGGUAGCGAAGGGGGCAGCAGACGCUCCCGAAGCCGCAGCGAUCCACGAGACAGGCGGCGUUAA